ACGAGGAAGUAUGGCCUGCCUGGGUCAGCCAAUCAGAAGCCGGUGCUCCAUAUUGAACCUUUGUUUUGGUGUGAAGGCUGCAACCACACCAAUUUACAAUUUUGUUUGAUUAAAUUCUUUUCAUCGGCGACAAUGAAGCUAUCAGAAAUUAAGAAGUUAAAAGUGGCUGAGCUUCGGUUGAGGCUUGAAGAAGCCGGUUUGGACAGUCGGGGGCUCAAGGGAGACCUUGUAGAGCGGUUGUGGUCAUUUCUGGAUGACGGCAGCCAACAAGGGAACACGCAUAAACAGGACAGUCAGCGACAAGCACAUCCAGUUCCUCCCUCUUCCCCAGUGGUGCCCACGAAUACAACCCAGACUCUGGAAGUGGAGGUGGCCCCCAUUUCCUCUUUAUCUCCAUGCUCUACCGUGGUGGAAAUACCCGGUGCGACCACAAUGAACGGACAGACGGACCUGGCCCAAGAGUUCCACGACUCCGCCACGCAGACUGAAGCUGAAGUACUUCCUGACACUCCAGUAUGUCAAGUCGAGAAGAAUGAGCUGGAGCAGCCGGCGGCAGAGGAGGAACGAGGUCGAGCGUUCUACGAGUUUAAAGAAGAGAUUCGAUAUAAAAGAGCUAAACCACCAAAAGCUCCACCAAAGAAAGAGGAGGUUGAUGCAGAUUACGGAGAUAUAAUCAAACUGCAUUCAUAUGACAGUCACCUACACUUUGAGGUGGAUUCGGACGGCGCCUGCGGCCAGCCGCGAUUUUGGGUCAAAUUUCCCCUGCUUUGGUCCGGAUGCAGACUCUCGCACGGGGUCUCACAAGGUCGGGUGGGCUUCCAGGUGAGGCUAGAGAGGAGGCUGUCGAUCUCACAGCCAGAUGCCUCGCAAGGCGACCAGACUUACGGGAUGAGAAUAGGCUGGUCCGCUGCCCAAACUUCCCUCAUGCUAGGACAAGAAGAAUUUUCUUUCGCCUAUGAUAGACGUGCUAGAAAAGUGACGUGCGGGAAAGAAGAAGAGUUCGGGGAGCCGUUUUGCGAAGGGGACAUCAUUGGAUGCUAUGCCUCUUUCUCCACGAAAGGCGACGUUCAGCUCUCCUUCCACAAAAAUGGCCGUUUUAUUGGCGUGGCCUUUUCCCUGGAGGCAUCCAAACUACGAGGCCGUGCUCUUUUCCCUCACGUGUUGUGUAAGAGUUGCGUGGUGCGCUUCCUAUUGGACCCCACGGAUCUCCCCUGGUAUCCCGUUCCUCCUGGUUUCACCCAACUGGCGGCACUCCCCGCCGGGCUGAGAUGUCGCAACACAUCUGCACCGAGCUCCAUAGCGCAGAGUGAGAUGAUUUUAAUGGUGGGUCUCCCCGGUUCUGGUAAGAGCCACUGGGCCCGAGCUCACAUACGCCAGCAUCCAGAGAAAAACUACAAGCUGUUGGGCACCGAGGUGCUACUUGCAUGCAUGAUGGGCGGGGGCGCGAGGGAGCAGCGGCUGCAGCAAGCUGCCCAGUGUCUGACUGAGCUUAUCAAAAUGGCCGCUCAGACGCCAGGCAACUACAUCCUGGACCAGUGCAACACCCACUUCUCUGCACAGCAAUACAAGCUGCAGCUGUUCUCCAGCUUCGGGCGACGCAUGGCAGUGGUGCUUUUCCCCACGGCGGACGAGUGGAAAAGACGACUGUCACAGCAACGCGAGGCUGGCGAGAUCAUUCCAGAGAUUGCGCUGCUCAAACUCCAAGUCAGCUGCAGUCUUCCCGAGCAGCUGGCUGAUGUUUUGGACGAGUUGCGUUACGUAGAGCUGGAGCAGGAAGCAGCGCAGAUGCUGUUGCGGGAGUAUAAAGACGAGGCCCGCCGACUGCUACCGCCUGUUACCAAACCGGAGAAACCCAAGAAAUAUCUGGCUAAGAAAAGGCCAUAUCCGCAUUGGCCUCCAAUACCUCCUCCUCCUCACUUGGGAAGCCAAAUCAUGGCCUGGAAUAACAUGCCGUCUUGGAGCCAGCAUUGGAAUGUACCUUAUCAUGACCAAGCCAUGUACUACUGCAGUGGCAACGAGAGCUAAUGAUGAAGACGUGGACACGAGGAGGAAAGCAUUUGAAGCUUCAAACAAUCAACCUGUCAGUAUUGAAAUACUGAAGGACAAAACUGCCCUUUUUUAAUAAAAAAAAGAUGUAUUUUAAAUAUUUUACAGUACAGUGAUGAAUCAGAGUUUGAGUGCUCCUGGAAAAGCUCUGAUAGUAUUAAACUGAGACUUGAGGCUUCACAGUCUGGAAAAGCAGCACAGCUCCCUUGGCUGAGGGACACAGCUCUGUCCAAAAUGAGCUGCUUUUAUCCAGCCGUGACAUCUCCUGUUUGGAAUUUUUAAACAUUUUUAAUGUGCACUAUUUGUGCAGAUUUUCAAGUCGGAAUUUCUUACUGUGCAGCUGAGAAACACGAUGUCCGUCGACUCGCUGGCCUCCGCUCCUCCUUUCCAGUACAAUUCUCGGACUUGGUCGGACGAGAGAGAACAGCUGAAGACACAAUGGCAAAAAUGCACAAUCUCAGGGCAAAAUGUUCAUGAGAGCCACAAAGACUGAAGCUGCAGCUACGGUACAUUAUCCUUCAUUUAUAUUCAUGUAGCACGUCUUAACUCACCCUGUGACAUAAAAACUCAGGUACUCAUUCUACCUUGCGUCACAUAUCCAUCUACAUGAUCAUUCACUUUCUGAGGUAUUGAAUCCAUUUGAUUCUCAUCCACUUAAACCACCAUCAGUUUUUUUGACUGAGAGACCAAGUCGUAAUGUAUGAAAAUAAAGUUUUGUUGCACAAGUUUUUUUUUUUUUUAGUUUUUUGAGACUCAAGUUAUAUUUUUCCAAUCCAGUUGGAUUAUCAGCCUUGUCAGACAUUCCCAAUAUCUCACUUUUCUGUGCAGCCGCAACUAAGUCAUGUAGUAUCAAUUCCAAUUCCAUUUUUUAGCUACCAAUUCUGAUACCUGGCUGUGUGGUACCAGCUGAUGACAAUAUAGUACCGAUAACACGAUACCAGGUUUGUUGUUGUUGUUGU